GGCGUCGCGGCGGCAGCAGCCGGCGGAGCGGCCGCGGUUGCCGGGGGCACUUGGCUUCGGGCCGCGCCGCUCGCUCUUCUCCCCUUCUGCCUCUCUUCUCUGCUCGCAGCGCGCACGGGGGGCACCCGCGGGAAAGAGGGGAGAGGAGACGAGACACCGACCCUUCUGGCGGCAUGAACCGGCCUCACCGCGGGGCUGCGGGCAGCCGGGGCCUGGGCACCAUGGAGGUGAAGAGCAAGUUUGGAGCAGAAUUUCGACGAUUUUCGCUGGAGAGAUCCAAACCUGGAAAGUUUGAGGAGUUCUAUGGAUUAUUGCAGCAUGUGCACAAGAUACCAAAUGUUGAUGUUCUAGUGGGAUAUACGGACAUUCAUGGAGACCUGCUGCCUAUCAAUAACGAUGACAAUUAUCAUAAAGCAGUUUCCACAGCCAAUCCUCUACUCAGGAUUUUCAUUCAGAGAAAAGAAGAUGCAGACUACAGUGCCUUUGGUACGGAUACUAUGACAAGGAAGAAGAAUGUCUUAUCAAAUGUGUUACGACCGGAUAAUCACAAGAAGAAACCACACAUUGUCAUUAGCAUGCCAAAAGACUUCAGACCAGUGUCUUCUAUUAUAGAUGUAGAUAUUCUUCCAGAAACCCAUCGUAGGGUACGACUUUACAAAUAUGGAACUGACAAACCCCUUGGAUUCUAUAUACGAGAUGGCUCUAGUGUCAGAGUAACACCACAUGGAUUAGAGAAAGUUCCAGGGAUUUUCAUAUCCAGGCUUGUUCCUGGAGGUCUGGCUCAAAGCACAGGCUUACUGGCUGUUAAUGAUGAAGUACUGGAGGUGAAUGGAAUAGAGGUUUCAGGAAAAAGCCUUGAUCAAGUUACAGACAUGAUGAUUGCAAACAGCCGUAACCUGAUCAUUACAGUAAGACCAGCAAACCAGAGAAAUAACGUUGUGAGGAACAGUCGGACUUCUGGCAGCUCCGGGCAGUCUACUGAAUCCAGCCUUCCAAGUAGCACGCCAAAUAUUUUAGCAAAUUUCUUGCAAGGCGAAGAGGAGAGCGAUGAAGAGGACAUUAUUAUUGAAGAUAGUGGUGAGCCACAGCAGAUUCCAAAAGCUGCACCUACCAGUGAAAGCCUAGAAUCGUUGACACAAAUUGAGCCCCAUGAGUCAACACAAAAUGGAUUCCUUCCUUCCAGUGAGAUGAACUUGAAUCAUUCAGCAGGCAGCAUUAGUAUGGAAUAUGAAGUACAAGAUCAAGAGCAUAAGUCAUUAGAAGAAGAUGGAACUAUAAUAACACUAUGAAAUUACAUUGGUGUACUUUGUAUUAAGAAAAGAUGCCAUACUUGGUUUAAUUUGGCUCAAUAUGGAAUGUGUUUUAUGCCUCUCCAUCCACCGAGCACUGCAGUUUAGAUUAAAAGAUGGGGGAAAAAGUAAAUACAAGAAGCUAAAAAUUAUUUGACUAACUUAGGUUAAUUCUGCACUUCAGUGUAAAUACUUCACAAAGACAGAAGAUAAUUGAUAAAUAACUGAAGUUGUAUGAGGAAAAUUUAAAUUGAAAAUGAAGGAUAGAUAAGAGAUGCCUGUGAGCUUUCUUUUAAAGGUACUUGAUUUAUUAUAUUUUUUAAUGCAGGAUACUACUGGUUCUACAGAAGUAAACUUUCAUUCUUGUGUGAGGUUGACUAUCUAAUGUACUGUGGUUUCAUGUUCAUCUGAAGUGCUGCUUAUGUACGAUGGAGCUGCUUUAGCCACUUCAUUCCUGUUCUGGACUGCUGUUUAGCUGGUAGAGCUGUUUGUGCGGCUCUGUGUAUGAUGAAACUGAAAAAUAAGCAGGAGGUGGGGUGGAAAGAGGUGUUCAUGGUUGUUCUAGUUCCCUGAUUGACAUAUUGAGCAACAGGGAUGUGUGAUAGUGGUCAGUAACUUAACAACAGUCAGGAUUUGAAGGUGUGGACUUCUGAUGUCGACUGUUCUUUUUUUAGUGAAUGUACAACCACAGGUUCAUUAGUCAUGCACCUUUACUGGUUUUAAUGGCCAAAUAAGCUUACUUUUAAUGACUAUGAUUUUGAAAUUCAAAUGUGAAAGUCUUAACACUCAUGCAUCAAAGACCUGUUCUCGUUUUAGUUUGCAAUUAUUUAAGGAUAUCAUUGGAUUUAGUUGCUAGUCCCAGUAAAUUUUAAAGAAAUCAAAUGUAAAUUUAAUGCUAUGGAAAUAACAUAAAAUAAUCUCUAUUAAAAUCAUAGUCCUAGUCAAAGCAGUGAAGGUCUCACUAGCAAAGGUUUGCUGUAGUGAGUCUGUUUUUUAUAAAGAGUGACUUUCUUCAAACCUGAACAAGUUUAUUACAGAUUAAAUCAAAUCCCUGAAUUAAAAAAGUUUAAGGCAGAAUGAGGCUUUAAUAGAACUUGCUUGAGCCAGGUAAUGUUAAAUUAUUCAUUAUAGUGAACAAAACUGUAAAUGCUAAUAUUUCUGUGUAUCACUGGCUGGGUGUUCUGGAUAUUACGGAGUUGUUACAGGUAAAACAAAAUACUGAUGACAAGUCCUGAUACUGCAAGUGCAUAAGUAUGCAUUUGAUCAGCUGCAAAUGUACUAGGAAAAUUGCAGGGAGAGCUUCUAGCAUUAUUUUUUCCCUUUUAGUGUCUCCUGUUUUACCACUUUAGCACUCAGUUCCCAGCCUGACCCUUGUCUGGGAACUGAAGUUAUGGCAGGAGAAUGAGAUGGGGGCUAAUAGGAUUAGGAAGAACAGUGGAUGGACGGAGCUUCUCACCAGGAAUCCAGUUGUCUGUCAACCUCUAAGAAAGAAAUAGGAUGAUACCAGUUCUGUACUGUGGCCCUGUGCUUACCAGAGCCAUUUCUCAGCAGCAUGUUCUACUCUGUGGGAGAUGUGAUGAGCAGGAAAGGAGGCUAACCCCUUUCUUUUUUUCCCCUCAAUCUAUCUUGAGGAAACAUCUACCUCUGGUAACUUUCCUAACAAGAGACUAACUGUACAUUUAAUGUUAAAGCAUCUGUAAAAGGAUAUAGGAGGCUAAAACUACAUUUAAGGUUUUUGUAAUUAUGUAAACCAAAUUGCACCAGAAAUUACUGCUGUUUCAUUUUACUAAAUGCAAAUUUACAAUUCAUAUCUUGUGAGCAGUAGUAUUUUCAAGCCUUCAAUACCAUAGCACUGAAGUUCAGGUCUCGUAGAUGUCAAGAAAAGGUAUUCAUGCCAUUUGAUUAAUGGAGAAAUAGCAUAAGAGACAGUGGUACUCUGCAAAUACAGGCUGGAGUUCUGCUUUGUCAGAUUUAUUUCUGGUUUCUUCAGUGUGCACAUAGAGAUGUCCUGGAAUCUUUUCCAACAUGAGCAAGAAUUUUGAAGUGUUUUACUAAUAAUUACUAAAAGUGAAGUAACUACAUCCAUUUAGUGUGAAAUGAGGAAACGUUCAUUCUGCAACAUGUAGACUUUAAAUAUACAUAUUUUCUGUCAGUGCUGCUCUAUACUUCCUUUAUUUCAGGAAGAUUGUUUACUUUAUAAUGACUUUUCUUCCUGUAUGAAAUAAUCUGUGGAGGGUGACUUUCAUUUAUUAUGCUAGUUUGCACUUCUGUGCCUUUUGUUUACUUGAAUGUACAAUUAUCAAAGGAAUAAAGGCACUGGGAUGAGAAGAGAAUGAGGUUCACAGACACAGAAAAUGAACUGGUAGUGCACUUAAUACAGGUGUAAUGUUUUCAUUCAGUGGAAAUACAUUAUGAGGCUAAUGUGGUAAUGUGAGGAUUUUGCAGCUGGGAUAAUAGCUCUGAGCUAUUAACAUACAGGGAAGGAAUGAGUCUGAGAAUUCUAGGGUUGCAAGGUAACUUAUUGCUUAGGUACAAACACCCAAGGUUAGUGUGCUGCCAAACUCUGUUGCCUAAUCCCUACUCACAACAGACGCAUGAAUAUUUUGAAUCUAUACGCCAGUAUUAAGGACUUGUAUAAAUUUAACUAGAGUCCUGCUCUAAAUUGCAUGAGAAUUCAUCUCUUAGGACCUUUUUUGCAAACUGAUUAAUCUGAAUGUGAGAUGAUAAUCUUUGACACACAUCGUGUUCUAUUUUACAGAAAUUUGGUAAGAUGCAGUAAAAGUAAACAUUUGGGACUUGAUAAAAACAUUAAAUAAUAAACCUACAAAUGUUUUUUUAAAGUGUGUAUUUACAGUUACAAUGACAGACUGCACAGCAUGUAAUUGCUUAAUGCUGCAGUUACCAUAAAGUUUCUAAAGUUCUUCCAUAUCUUACUAAUGCAUACACUGUUAAUUAUGAAAUAUUUUUAAAUUGUUACUUCAGGAUGAUCAACGUUUCAUUAUGAGUGGCUACACUUAAUUUUAUAUAUAAAUGGUACUGGGGUUCAGUAUAAGGUUUUUUAAAAUAUCCUGAUAUUGUUAGCCUUUCAUUCACUACCUCCUAAAUUUUUAACAUCUUUACAAUUUUCUCCUUGGACGAAACUACUUAAAGGCUUGACUGUUUUAUAUAGAUUUUAUCUUUAGCUAAAGAAAGAAAAAAUCCAAAAGUAAUAGUGAGGAUGCUACGCAUGAUUGACAAUAUUAAGCUGCUAUUAAUGUAAUCUUUGUGUAUUAAGUAUCCUGUAUAUGUAAAUUGUAUUUUCAAUCCCAAUUUUAUAAAUUAAUUUAUAAAUAUCCAAAUUAUUUCAAAAUGGAAUGGAAAACUAAAAUUCCUUUGACUAGCGUUAUAUAUUGUGUACAUGCACAGUGGGGGAACAAGUAUUUCCUUACUUGCAACUGGGAGAUUUAAGUGCACCUUAAUAAGAAAAAGAAUAAAUUCUUAAGAGAAUUAAGAUGCAUUUACUUUGAAGUUCUGUUAUGGUACUGGACAAGUCAAGCCUAACUGUGAAUCGUUUUUAUGUUUUUUUCCACAGCUGAAUGAAAUUUAGGACAAUGUUCUCACAAGCUGUCUUUAACAUGUGUAUUUUUGUGAAUAUUAUGUAUUUUCUAAUUAAAUUUUACUUGCAAUGUGAUUUUUACAUGAAUGAACUUGUUUAAAAUGUCAAAUAUCAGUAUUUUUCUUACAACUUUAAUGUAUAAUGUACAUUGGUAUCUCACUGAAUGAAGAUUGAUUUUACAAAAUCAAACUAGAUGUAGCUGUAUAUUAGUCUUAUAUUUUUACAGACUGGAAUAAUAAAUGGAUAUAGAAACAAAA